UAAAGGUGACAAACCCCAUAACAUUACUUUGAUCAACUUUCUCUUCACAGUAAAACCUGUUUCUGAAAUAGUGAAAUUAGCUUUACCCAAAUGCAGGGCAAGUGCACCUCUCAUCAUCAAAUACAUCUCUGUGCCCCCUCUUUUCUUCUCUUCCUUAUUCCUCCUCCUCCUGCAUCAAUGGGAAUUUCUUUUUUCUUCCCUAUGUUAUUCAUCUACUUAUUAUUAGCAGAGAAUUCAAAGGUUGUAGAAGCAUGUUCAGCUGCUACAGAUUGUGGUCCAGGCUUCUAUUGUGGCCAUUGCCCUGGUUUAGGUAGGACUCAAUCUGUUUGCACCAGAGGCCAAGCCACCCUUGUAACAUCCAUUGUAAAUGGAUUACCCUUCAAUAAAUACUCAUGGAUCAUGACACAUAAUUCAUUCAGCAUAAUGGAUGCACCCUCUUUGAAUGGAGUUCAAAGACUAACUUUUUAUAAUCAAGAAGACACUGUCACCAACCAGUUGAUGAAUGGAGUGAGAGGAUUAAUGUUGGAUAUGUAUGACUUCCAGAAUGAUAUUUGGCUAUGUCAUUCAUUUCAAGGACAAUGCUUCAACUUCACCGCCUUUCAACCUGCAAUAAAUACUUUGAAAGAAGUGGAAGCAUUCUUGACUGAAAAUCCAAUGGAAAUCGUCACCAUUGUAAUUGAAGACUAUGUGCGUACGCCAAAGGCAUUGAUUAAUCUAUUCACAAAUGCUGGUCUAGAUAAAUAUUGGUUUCCUGUGUCUGAUAUGCCAAAAAGGGAUGAAGAUUGGCCAACUAUAACAGAGAUGGUUAGAACAAAUCGCCGACUUCUUGUUUUCACUUCUGAUGCUUCAAAGGAAGCUGAAGAAGGAAUAGCUUAUCAGUGGAGGUACAUGGUUGAAAAUGAGUCUGGAGAUCCUGGAGUUCAACGUGGUUCUUGCCGACGUAGAAAAGAAUCAAAUCCGCUAAACUCAAGAAGUGCAUCACUUUUCUUGCAGAAUUACUUCCCAACAUAUCCGGUUGAAGCCGACUCUUGCAAAGACAAUUCAGCUCCACUUGCAAAUAUGGUGAACACAUGUUACAAAACUGCAGGAAAUGUGCUGCCUAAUUUCAUAGCUGUUAAUUUUUACAUGAGGAGUAACGGUGGUGGUGUUUUUGACGUUGUCGAUAGAAUAAAUGGUCACAUGUUGUGUGGGUGCAGUACAGUCAUUGCUUGCCAGGAGGGAGCACCUUUUGGAUCAUGCAAGAACAUUUCUGUUCCAAGUUCAAGUCCAUUGACCAACACUGCUGGACGCUUUAAUGGUUAUGUUCAGUUUUCUGUUAGAUCAGCUUCACCAGUCCGUUCUCCAAAUUGCUCGCUUUUCCUCUUGUUUUACUUCCUGCUUACUGCAGUUCUGUUGCAAUUUCGAUGAAUAUAUUAUUGUAAAUCAUAUGCAAGCUAGGUGAGUCAAGACUCAAGAUGAGUUUCUGGUAUUGUCAUAUUUGAAUAUCAUAUACGAGAUAGUCUCUUGAAUGUCAUGGAAUAGUUUAGAAGUUAGAAAAUUAGGUGACAAAAUUUCAGAAUAGUGAAGGCUAUAAUCAAGAAUCUGAGAAGUCGCCUCAGGUAGAUAGCAACGAAGACAGACCAAGAAUAUAUCUGGAUCGGUUCAGGUUUUUUAGGAAGACAUCAACAGUCAACAGUAUAAUGAUUUCGCAAUAUCAAGAUUGUUGGAAACUCUUGGUCAUGAUUCAUGGUAAUGGUUUGUUAUGAUUGAAUCCUAAGUCUAACAAUUCUUACCAUGUGCAUUUCCUUCAAACAACGUUAAACUAAUUACGUACUGUAAUCAUGUCUUAUGAAUUAUUUUGUGAACUUAACCUUUACAACAA